AUGGAAAAUCAUCAAGAAGAAAGUAAGGAUGUAAAUGAUUUGAAAAGAAUUCGAAAUGGAAGAUUACCAAAGGAACCUUAUGCAAGUGAUCCACACUAUAUCGUUUUUGUAAGACAUUUGUCUCUUGGCGUCCUGACGUGUAUGUUUUCGCUGGACGAUUCCGUAUAUUAUAUGUAUGACUGGGCAG